AUGGACCAUCUUACUUCUUACGCGAAAGAGCAUGGGGGACUGGAUCUUGAUUUGGCCCGUGUUGCUAUCGCCGGUGCCUCCCUCGGCGGAUACUUUGCGCUUCGUUCGGCGGCGAGCGUACGCUUUACCGCCUGUAUCGCGAUCGAUCCGCUAUACGACCUAUACGAGUUCGCGACGAAGCAUGUCUCGGCGCGCUUCUUUGAUCUCUGGGACAAAGGUUGGAUUUCAGACUGGUUUGUCAACGCCGUCAUCGGGCUCGGGAUGCAGGUUUCAUUCCAGACUCGAUGGGAGAUCUUGACAAGUGCCAAGUUCCUGGGAGCAACGACACCGGCCGACCUUCUCCGGACGAUGCGGCGGUACACACUUCGUGGCCACCUUGACCGGAUAAACUGCCCGGUCUUGGUGAGCGGCGCCGCAGACUCUUUGUACCUGGACGCCGAGGACCAUACGGCAGUUCUGUUCCGGGGGCUCACACACCCCGCCAAGGAGAUAUGGGUUGCGCGGAAACCGGGUGAAGGGAGCCUGCAGGCCAAGGUUGGUGCAAUGGCACUUUGCAACCAACGCGCGUUUCUCUUUCUUGACAGCCAAUUCGGCAUCAAGCGGAGAGACCAUUGCAUAUGCAUGUACAGUGAACCCAGCGCGGCAGGCAACCGGUCGCUCGCCGAAAGUGUCGUCGGCUGCGAUCGCUGUCUCCGGACCGGUGCGAUGUGCGUGGCCGCGACCAAGACGACGGAACCACGCGCCCUGCAGCCAUAUGCUUCUCCCCGGCACUCCUUUGGCGGGGACUUGGGGACCAUUGCAGUCAGAACUCCCCAUGCACCGGGCGUUUCGCUGCCACCCGCCGACCGGCAACAGACUCGGCCAUCGACAGCUUAUAUCGAAGUUGACGACUUUGGGGGUGACUUGGAGGGAAUCGACCCGGCCCUCGGCAAUAAUACCACCCGCCGUCAAUCCUCGCUUGGAUUUUCAGUGUCCAACUUCACAUUUCCAAGCAAUGUUCAGGGCCCGCCGAGCACGCCCAAGCAACUAGACCGGCGAGAGAGCAACAGUGGGAGUUUGCCGUCCAUGUUUGGCGACAUGGGCGAGCUCGGGAACGCUGCCGCUGCCGUCCUCCCAUCCCCCGACAGUUUCGACGCGCCGCUGACUACGCGGCCCCAACUCAAUACGCACCGAGAAGCUUUCGAGCUUGGCGCAAGACUGGCUGAAGACUACGCUACCCUCGCGGAUGACAAAUGCCAGAAUCCUGCCGCAAUGGCCAUCGAGAGAACGCUAGGGGCAACGUCGCAACUCUGCGAGAUCCUCCAAUGUCUCGCACAGCAAGAGAGCCCCCCUGCCGGAAACACAAAUAGCCAGACGACUACCCACCUAGAUAUGAACCUGCUGACGGAUCCGUUCCUCCUUCAAACCACACCUAAUCGGGCAGAACGGAUGGAGACAUUGCAGCGGAGGGGUCCAGGUCAAACGGCGUUAUCAACAGGCGACAAUGUCUCAACAGCGACGACGUCCCACCGCAGAGCUCCCGAUAUAUUACUCGUCACGACGCUGGUCACGACAUAUAUCCUCCUAACACGUAACUGGCGGUGUAUUUUCUCGAGGCUUUUGGCGCAGCUUGAUUCGGGGUCAGUCGACACGGCUGGCACUGGUGCUUUGCAGCUGCCGGAUGUGCAAAUGGGGGGGUUCCAGAUCCGCAGCAACCCUGCUAUCCAGACCCUGGUCCUCAUAGAAUUAACAUCUGGCAUGCUGGACACGAUCGAGAGAGCGUUGGGUAUCACCUACUCGGCAGGAUGUUCAAGCGGGAGAGUGAGAGGGGAUGGCGUAAACUGCUGGGCUGUACUCAUAGACCCGGUGGCGGUGUCUAUCCGGGAGACUCUUCUCUCUCAAGAGAGGGUGCGCACUGGGAGAGAAGGGAAUGGCGGGGAACUGUCUCUAAACCAAAUGAUGGAUAGGGUGAAGAGGCAAGUGGAGAAGACUAAAGGGGGGUGCUGA